CACAGCAUUAUUUCUUAUCAGUAAGUUUUUCGUCUGGUUUCCAUUCAGUUACACGAACUGAAAUUUUCUUUCCGAAAAUCCCAAUUUCUGCAACUUUCCCCGAACCUGGUGAACAAAUAAUGGUUAUUUUUUUCUGACAGUCCAUAUAUUCCUGCACUACUAAGAAUUUAGUAAAAUUGAAAAGAAUUUGUACGAAGAGGAACGUUCUUUCCCUAUACGUAGAAUCGCAUAUAGUGUUCGAUAAUGAUUCUCACUCAGGAACUGUAUUUCGCGUUUGCAAGCAAUGCGAUUUAAGCGGACGAUUUAACUCAAGCGCAAGUGUGACUGCUAAUCCCGUGAUCUUCGCCCAUUGUCUCCUUUAACGCAGAGGGAGAUUACGAGACGUCUAGCGAAGGCCCGAUCCUCUCGAAAUUGAGCUACAACGAGAUCCACGGAGCGUCGAAAGAAUCGCUUUGCGGUUACUCCGAGAAGAAAAGCACUUCCUCGAGGAAACUCGCCGCGCUCGAUAGCGACGGGUCGCCGAUAAAGCGAGAAGUUAUCCCCGAUUCGUUGCCCGAACUCGUGGAAAACAGAUUGACCCGGCGAACCGCGUCUGCACGUAGUCUCGCUCCGGUAUCCCAGAGUUUGGCCAAGCCCCUGUCGAUCCUCAAACACAGCGAAGCUCCGGGUGACGCCGCCACUAUGAAAGCAACGGACGACGCGUUGAUAUCCGAAGCGUCGAUCACGCGCAAAAAGAAAUCGUCGAUGGUCUCUGUGACAACCGGCUCGACCGUCAACUUUCAAGGCGAACAAUACGAAGCGGGAGCACUUGAGAAGCAGAUGCCUGUGCUUCGGGUACGUCCGUGGAUAUUCUUUACUGUCGGAUAUCCGACUCCUACCCCCCGUGAAAUUCGAGCGUGAAAAGGAACAGUCGUGCGAAAAUUCGUCGAACCACUUAUCGCGAUAACGUUCGAUUAACUCUCUAUGAAUCCCAUCGUGCCGAUUGACAAUUUGUUCCUGCAUAAAAACAUAAUUUUUAUAUUGACAAUAUAUGGAGGAAAUUGCUGUUACACCAAUAGAAUUGAUCAGCGGCGAUAUAAAUCUUGACGUAAAUUCUUUUCUUGAUUUGGCAUGGAAUAAAUCUUCUUGACUCAAUAAUCACGUAGAUUUUUCUAAUUAUCUUUUGCUUUGAUGAGCAAUCUCGUCUGUUGCAAUUAAAUUCACGAGAUGCAAUUAAAUUCUAGAUUUUAGUUCCAUUGUUUGACGAUAUUUUCAUACGGAGUAUAGGUACACGGAAAAAAAACUAUCAUAGUUGGAUCUAGACAAACAUGACAUGUUUAGUUGAACUGUUGGUUGAAUUAAACAGAAUUUCUGGUCAUUAUAAUCACAUAUUCCUGGCAUUCAAUACUGGUUGAAAAUAAAUACACCAACUUUUUAAGAAAUAAUUUUUAGUUAGAAAAAAGUGAUAAAAUUUUUAAUAAGAAUUGUGAAUAUAAUUUUGUUUAGUUCCAUUAAAGUAACCAAACUGAUUACUUUAACCAAACACUUAUGAUCAAAUUUGUCUGGUUAUUUCAACUAAAAAUUAUAUAUCUUAUUUCGUAUCAUAUCAAUUCAUAUCUCAUCAAACAGUCCGGUACACUUUGAAAUCUGAUCAAUUCAACUAAUUCUCUCUUUUUCGUGUAUCAUAUUAAAUCAAAAUAGAUUAAAGGAGAGAGUAGGAAGCACGCAGGAGCGGAGUUGUAGAAGGAUUGGUUCUUUCUCCGAUCAUGGUGGGCUUUGUUCUCCGUAGGACGCGACGUCUACGGUGAUUGAUGACGAGAGGUCGAAGGAGCUCGUGGCGCGAGUGACGCUUCGCGGGAUGAGAAGCAAGCAUCGCGACCGGAAUUCCCGUCGGGGCACGAAUCCGAAGUGCGUCAACGAGAAGGCCGCUGCCAAUUCGACAAACGAGGGCGAUCUCGCGAACGAUGCCAAGAAUCCGUGCUCCCCCGUCAAUUCGGUUUACAUUCCGCCGAAUCCUCCUGCCACACCGGGCGACUCCGUUAGACUCGAAAGAGGUCGGCGACGAGUGUUCAGCGACGUGAGCGCUCUGCUGAAGCUCGAUCACGAGGUGGGCCCGUUGCGCUACCAAUUGAGCGAGAUCGUCGGCAAGGUUCGCGCUUUGGGUCUGAACGGCUCCAACUUCGAUCUGUGCCGCCGUUCAGACCAGCGACUCGACCUUUCCGACCGAUCCAUUCUGUCGUCGAGCGUGUUCGGUGGCUUGUCCGAUCUCGCUGGGACGUCGCGACCGGCCACGACAAGCUGCAGCCUCGAGAAUCAAUUCGGUUUCGUCGGUAAGAUGACCUCGCGGUCGUCCACUUUCUCUGUGGUCGAUAAGCUCGCUUCGGGAGAACCUCGUAUCAGCUGCCUGGACGGCUCGAGUCGCCCAGGCGUCCUCGACGAGCCGCGCGACGGACGCGCUCCCUAUGACACUUUCAAUCGUAAAUCCCUCGCGACGAUCGAGCGGGAUAUGUUCGCGUGGAAGACUUGGUCCGCUCAUAACAAGGUCCACAUCAGCCGGCCGAGCUUGCUCUGCGAGAGCGAACGGGAAUCGCGCAUAUACCGCGGUAUCGGGAAUUCGCGGCUGCCCGACAGCCCGAAUGGCUGCUCGCCCGAGCUCUGGGGACGGCGGUCUUCGGCGUCCAGUGGUUGUUGCCACGCUCAGCUGCACCGGUGGAACACCUCGCGCACGACUUGUCGCUCAAAUUAUACGUCCGAGUCCACUGUCGUGCAGGUGAUCAACGGCGACUGCGGCAAUCUCGGCGGAGAGCCGACGAACAAACGGUCGAUCGGACACGUUCCUGUGCACGCACGGAAUUCCGUGGCGACUCAGGUGACUAUUCGCGGUGCCGGCCACAAGAGCACUCAGACCGAGCGCGUCACCGAAGACGACGGCCGGGUCUCCUCCUCCUCUCGGCCGAUCAAUUUGUGGUGUAUCGAUCGCGCCGCAGGCUCCGAUCGCCAAAUACCGCGCGCGGCCUCCGCUUCCCAGAUUCGCGUCGUCAGCGUAAACACGGAAUACUGUGCCAUCGUCGAGAGGAAGCGUUUCACCAGCAGAGCGGUCAGUCCCAUCUCGGGAUCGUCGUCGUCGACGAGCGACGUUUUGCUCGCCGCCGUGUCCGGCGUCUUCGUGCAACAAGUGCGGCAGGAAGUGCCAGAGGUCGCGAAGUCUCCCGUUACUGCCGUUGUCGUCGACGAGAAGAACAACGUCACGAGUCGUCCGGGCCGCGACUCUCAUCCUCGAAAGUUCGACUCUCAAUUGGGCGCGGAGGAUCUAUCGAAGGAACUUCGCGAAAACAAGGAGGAUCGAGUAAUUCCGCUGAAAUCCACGAGAACGCAGCGUCUUCAUCCACCAGCCGCGACGUGGAAAAUCACUCCUGCCGUCCUCACCGACGGUUCACCGAAAUCGUGGAGAGCUCUGUAUCCGAAUUUCGCGACCUCAGGGUGUAUCGAUGACGAGUCGAGGUUGAGAUUGAGUCAUCAGGUGGUGCGAACGAGAUCUGGGAGGGCGCGAUCGCCGUCGAAAGGAGCCAACCAGACGUUCUCGAGAGAUGUUUUGGAGUCCCGCACGUCCACGUGUUUAACCGAGGAAGAAUUAUCGAACGAGAAGCGCCAAGAAGCCAGGGAGGUCUCCGAUUCUCGCAUCAGUCGUAGCGGCGAUCUGUGUGCGCAGCGGAAGAAUCGCGGUCCUUCGGCGACGAACGCCGUCCUGAGAGUUCCAAUACGACCGACUCAAGCGAGAACCUCGCGCCCGACGAGACUCGGCAGAAGAGCACGAGAAUAUCGCAAACCCACCGGGGCGACAGUUGUCGAGAGAGCGUUACCCGGUAUGAGGAGCUCGCCGGAGGACUUCUUUUGUGACACGUGACUCUACGCGGCGCACGAGUGCGCUUAAACGCGCGAAGUCUCCGAGAACGCGACGCUUUGGCGAGGCGAUAAGUCGCUCGACCUCCUCGCCGGAAUUUCUCCCUGGCCCGUAGCGGGAAGUGAGUUCUCGCGCACCCUGGAGAAACGACGGAAAGUUCAAAUUUGACGCGAGCGACAAACUGUAAGAAUUCAUGCGAUCGUCGUACCGAGAGUUUGCGCGAGUUCCUCAAUAUUGUGAGCAUCUAAGGGUUGGUACGUGACGUUCCGCAGGAGGUACAUUUAUUUCUUCGAAUUUACGCCUUUGCCGGGGAUAGAAUCUGGUCACUUCAAAGAUUAGAUCGUCUUGCAGCUUUUGUCUCACUCCUACUAGAGUUUCUCUCUUACUCCCAUUGAUAUUAUCCCUAAAAAUGGCAGGCAGGAUAUAGACCAAUCAGGAAUUAUCAUGUUUUGUCCUAACUUUGACUGCAGGAACUUGAAGUUAACAAGAAUUUGUGACAAGAAUCUUAUUGACUUGAACAGAAUGUUGGUAAGUUCAACCGCAAUUCUGAUUCAACUUGAACGAUUGCAAGGUUCUGUUAACGAGAAAUCUUGUUUGAUUAACUUAGAACUCCUCAAGUCAGAGUUAGGACUGUACUCACCAUUUGUAGGGAGGAAGAAGUGAGUGAGUGAAUGAGUGAGAGAAGCCACCAUUGUAGGGAGGAACUUCGCUUCUGACGUUAUCAAUCAAGAGUUCCGCGGCGUAUACUUAAGAGCCCUAUAAUUCGAGUUUAAGAUUUAGUCUGAAGAAAGUAAACUCGAGUUAAGGUUUAAUCAACGUUGAUGGAAGUAUCAGAGGAAUGCCAAUAAUCGGUGUAAUUUAUCCUGUAUCGAAAAACGUGAUACUGCGACACGAGAGACUAGCUAAUGAGAAAACGCCACGUGAGCUGUCGAGUAAUUUUUCGUACUUUCGGCCUGUACUGAAUGCAGAGCACAGAUUAAAUCUGAUUUGCCGGGUGAUCGGACAAUCCCUCAUAUCUCAAGAGCGGAUGGGAAGUCAUCGUGGAGAGAGGAUCGAGACAGGAUAAGACUAAGUCCACCGGCAGAUCUCCCGCUGGAUGCCUGCUGCAUGCAUAUUAGGCAGUCCCUUGAUCCUUGAAAGCGCGCGUUUUAGUAUAAUCGCAGCACGUUGUAUCCCGCCGUCGCGAAUUUCGAGCAGCUAGCGAUUAGGAGAGGCCCAAGUGGAACAGAAAAUCGCGACGAUGUCGAAAUGACGAGGAAACGAUCGAGUCGUGAUUGAGAAUGGAGUUUUUUUUUAAGUCAUCUUCUCCUCAUUUUGACAUCAUUGUGAUGUUAUUAUGAAUUUUUGUUCCACCUAAGAGCACGCGCAUUUACAUAAUUUCGCGUGAGCUGGCGUGAGCGACGACUUCUGAUGCGAAGACAUUCUUUCGGUGGAGUAGGGAACAUCAUGUGUAAAAACAUAGAAAUAGUCGGCUCAAAUCGAGAUCUCCCUUCGCGGGUAUUUCUUGAUAUUUUAACGCGCGAUCUCGCGCAUUUACCGGAGCAAAUAGAAUCUUGAGGAGCAACGCGGACCGUGUAACACAUUGUCAUCGCACUAAUCGCGCAAACACGUCUCAAAUACGCGUCUUUCCGCACAGUUUGGCGCUAAAACGCAUCUGAUUAUGACCGCGGUGUCAGUGAUGCGCGACUAAGUGUGUGAUAAGUGAUGACAGAACAUCGGGAACGGAAUUGCCGCGCCGCGCAAUUCGUGACCCUGGAACCGGUUCUUUAUACACACGCGUGCGCGCGAGAGAGAAAGGAAGAAACUUUCUUUCUCUCUCCCUCUUUCAUUCUCUGAAUAAAUGUGUAUUCUAUCAACGGCGAAUCGUCGAUAUCAUUACCGUCGUGUAAUUUCCAGCGUGCUCCAGCAGUUAGCGGCGCUCGUCGGUAACGCCAUUCGUUCACGUUACGGCGGAUAAGAGCGAUUAACGAUCAAGUGGAUCAAUGAACGAUUUUCUCGGCCCCUUUGCCGUUAUACACACAUACAUUAUAUAUUGUGCAACGUACUCUUAGGGAGAAUUCAUACCUCGGCGGAAAAGCAGAAAGCAGAAAGGGAAUUCUGAAUACCAAUUCAGAAUUCGCGCUGGUGGUCGGGGAGUAGCCGACAAUUUCCGCUUUUUUCCGCUGGCGCGAGUUUUAAUUGGCUUCUGCUUUUCUGUUUCUUACUUUUCCGCCGAGGUGUGGGUUCUCCCUUACGUCUGCCUCGGUUGCCUAAUUAAUAGAAAGUUGCACUGCUCAGGAUCCAUCUUACGGAUACGUUUAAGAAGCGGCGGGAACACAUCUCGCUGUAAAGGGAAGCGGGACGCGAGGUAAUUAACGAGAAUUCAAACCACAAACUUGCCUUUGCAAAUUGGCUCGCAAAUUCCGGGACACUUCCUCCCGUUGACCCCCAUCUCUCUCCUGCGCACUCUCAUUCUCUUGCACAUGUUUCUUUUUUCCAUUAUUUUUUUCUUCUUUUUCUGUACUUCUCGUUCCCGCACUCGCUCCCGCCGACUAUUUGUCUCGCUCAGCGUGAAGCUGCGGUGUCGUGUUUCAUAUUUUCUCUCCCAACAUCGUAGAAAUUUUUUUAGGUUUUUUUUUUCUCUUUCGUAUUAUUAUCCGCUUAUUUCGCCCCGACGAGCGAUACACAACGGUUGUUUAUCUCGCGUCCCGUUACGAUAAAGGCCGUUGCGAUAAAUCCCGGGAGUCGCAAUCAAAAGGUUAUCGAUAAUCAUACGUUUCGAUAAUUUUAUUCUCGGCGCGAUGUCUCUUUCACGACGUGUGCCAUCACGAAAAUCUAAAUGUCGUUAUACCACAUUUGCGCAAUUUGCUAUAGUUACGCAAAAGUAAUUCAACUCAAAAAUUAUGAUUUUUAAAUAUCCUUAGUAUUUUCUCCGUGUAGCCGGCGUACUCGUUGCUGCACGCGCGCGUUUUUAUACGAUAAUUUACGACAAUAAACGCGCGUUGGCGAUUUUCCAGACAAUUCUCGUCUUGCCCGCGCACUCGUGCGCGGUUACAUGGGUUUUGCUACGCCAAGAGGUCACUGCCGAUGUCUUGCCAUCUGCUACCCUUUGCAUUAACCUAGCCGAACAGACUUGGCGUGUCUUACAGUCGAUUUCGAUGUCGGGAUGAAAUUAAGCGGUUGAUCUGAUUUUCUCUCUCUCUCUCUCUCUCUCUCUCUCUCUCUCUCUCUCUC